AUGUUUAUAGCUGAAAAUGGUGCGGUUCAUUUUCCACAACCUGAUCCGGAUUAUCUAUCGUUGCCAACACCACCGGCACGACACAUGAGUAUAACUUCGCAAGCUCUCAGUGAUGUGCCAAGUGAAAUUAUUAUUAAAUCCCGUAUCAAAUAUGGUACAAGAUGGUCGGCCUGUCAAGGUCUUAUGGCUGAAUAUUCGAAAAGUACUUCCGUGCAUGGAUUACGUUAUAUUUUUGAAGUACAUCGGCCGUUUUAUGAAAAAUUUUAUUGGAUUGUCCUGAUGCUGAUCUCAUUUUACUUUGCCAUGUCCUUGAUGUGGGAUACCUAUUUGAAAUGGUUGGAUUCACCGGUUAUUUUGGGCUUCGAUGAAACCCUGGUGCCGGUUAGUAAAAUACCCUUUCCCACCAUUACCAUUUGCCCGGAAAUCAAAAUGAAUCGUGAUGAAGAUUUUGAUUUUACAAAAGUUGCCGAGAAGAUCCAGUCCGAAAUCGAGGAAUACGAAAGUUUUAAAAAUGCCGGCAAUUUAACCGAUGAAGAAAUUCAAAAAUUCGUGGCAACUCUGCAAAUCUGUGAAAGUGAAGUUUUGGAUAAAUAUUCUCCGUAUAUGCCCAAAAACCUAGAGGUAGAUGUACCCCAAACCCUGGUGGAUUUGGCAUUGGUACCCAAUACCACAUUGCCGUUUUGUAAAUGGAAUGGCCGUUUCUAUUUUUGCCAUUACCUCUUUAAAUAUGUCCUGACCGAUGAGGGAAUUUGUUAUCAGUUUAAUGGCUUACAUCCCAAGGAUAUCUACCGUGAUCCAAAUUAUCUCAGCUAUUCGGAUAAAACCGUAAUCAAUUACAACAAUUAUUUCGACACGGAAUUGCCGCAAUAUAAAGAUGUGACCGGCAAUUGGUCUCUGGAUGAUGGUUAUGUUGAUCAAGGCUUCAAUGCCUAUCCGCAAAGAUCGGUUUUGUCAUCAGCCCGUAAUGGUCUGUUUGUUUUUAUGAUGGGCUUUGAACAUAAUUUUGAUUAUACCUGUCGGACCUUUAAACAGGGUUACAAGGUUUUUCUCAAUUCGCCUGAAAGUGUACCUCUAACCACAGGCAAUUACAUUUUGGUAUCCCAUGACGAUGAGGUUUUGGUUUCAAUUUUACCACAAUACGUUACGUCCACAGAAAAUUUACAUCAAUUUGGGCCAGAUAAGAGACAGUGCUAUUUCAAUGAUGAACGCUAUUUGCGUUAUUUCAAAUCCUAUUCCCAGAGUAAUUGUCAAACGGAAUGUUUGGCCAAUUACACGAUAAGCAAAUGUGGAUGUGCCAAAUUUUGGAUGCCAGUCUUGGCGCAAAGAGAUAGUUAUGAACAUGAUGAUGGCCGUGCUGCCCGUUUGUCUGUGUACUUCAAGGAACCCCAAUUCACUGCCAUUAAACGUACCGUUAUGUACGGCAUUACCACGCUGAUAGCUAAUUGUGGCGGAAUUUUUGGCCUGUUCAUGGGUAUUUCCAGUUUGAGUUUAAUCGAAUUUAUUUACUUCUUUUCGGUACGCCUGUGCAGUAAUCUGCAAAAGCGGCGACUCAUCAAGAAGAAAAUACUGCAGCAUGAAGUGGAUUUUGGAGAUGAAGUUAAUUAG